UCCAAACUUUCAGCUUGGGAAGAAUGAGGUUAUGUUUUUGUUUCAAUGUCAGCGGUUAUGUCGGCGAGAUGAGUGUUCAAGGAAAUAACGUUACAAAUAAAGGAGUAGAUCCUGCGAAAAGAUUACGACGUGACCAGGAAGAAAAUAAUCCUUGUCACAAGGAGCAUCUCUUAUCUUUAAAAUGCCUCGAUUCCAACCAGGAGACACGUAGUGCGUGUGAAGUAUACUUUGUCAACUAUAGAAACUGUAAAGAUUUUUGGGCUACUGUACAGUCUGAGCGCAAAUUAAAAGGUAUCAAGCCAUAUAUGCCGCCUCCGAAGGAGCGUGCAAAGAUAAAAGCUGAUUUCCUUAACUCUAGGUAACAAUCGAUGUACACAGAUCGUACUUUGUAAAAAUAUUUUUUAUUCGACGAUGUAAAUUUUUCAAUGCUCGCAAUGUUACAUCAUAAUACGUUAUGUAUAUAGUCCAAUAAAGUUCAAGCUUGAAAUAUA